AUAAUCUCCUCCAAGCAAAAGCAAAAAAAAACCUGUCAUGGCGGCUGGAGGUCCAUUGUUCUCGGCUUUCUUAGAGGCUCCUUUCUCCUUUUCCUCCGGUGAGAUCAGUCGUGAGGAGUUCAACAGUUUUCACAAAAUCGACAGAAACUUGUUCAAGCGUUUUGUUUUUCAACUAAGCCGUGACGUGGAUCAGUCGUUUCUCGCGAUGGGUUUUCUCAUGUUGCUCGAGCAGUGUGGUUACGCUCCCAAACUCAUCGCCUCUCUCUUGACUAUACCAGACAACUUACUCAACGCUUUGGCUAACGAAGUAAGUGUGUGUAUAACCUUGCUUUACAACCAAGAGUUCGCAUCCACGGUCAUGGCUGCCACCGACGGCGACUUAACCAUCAUACCUUUGCUCUACCGUAUCACUGAUAUGAAGUUGACUCUCUCGUUGAUCAACCAAAGCGGCGAGACUUUUCGCGAUUCGUUGGCCAAGAACUGGAACGGCGUCUGCACUCGAGCCCUCGAAGAUAUAUGCGAGAACGCACGUAUCUGCAAUAAGGAUAAACAUAGGUUGAGUGUUCUUCAACAAGAAAACCCUAACAGGUUUAUUGCGCAACAAGGAACGUUUUCUUUUCCUUCUCCUGUUAGGGCAGCCGGGGAGAGGAGGAUGACUGAAGAGGAGAGAGCAGCGGCGGCGGCGGUGGAUGACCGGACGGUGUUCCUGACGUUCUCCAAAGGGUAUCCGAUCUCGGAGGAUGAGGUAAGAGAUUUCUUCUCUAGGAGAUUUGGGGAUGUGAUUGAAGUGAUUCAUAUGCAAGAUGUUGAGGGAAAUGACCAGCCCUUGUUUGCUAAGUUGGUGUUGAAACUCAAGUGUGCUUCGAUGAUGGAUCAGAUGGUGACUGGGAAGUUCAAGAACAAGUACACCAUCAAUGGCAAACAUGUUUGGGCUCGUAAGUACAUUCGCAAGAACAGUUCCUCACCUUCAGCCUCCUCACCUUCAGCCUCCUUACCUUCAGCCUUUAAUGUUUGAGUGUAUCUGUGCUUCUUGGAUUAUGUUGUUUCUUGUUUAAUGAAUAUGUGCCAUCAAUCUUAUUAAUGUGUAAAACAUUAGUAUAUGUUUAGAUUGGCGAUAAUAAAAUAAUUAUUUUCCUA